UACAUCUGCUUUAUGCACUGAAGCAGAGAAGAAAUCCACAAAGACUUACCAGUCUCCUGGUCUGCAGAGAAGACAGAAACAACAUGAGCACAGCAGGAAAAGUAAUCAAAUGCAAAGCAGCUGUGCUAUGGGAGGUAAAGAAACCCUUUUCCAUUGAGGAUGUGGAGGUUGCACCUCCUAAGGCUUAUGAAGUUCGCAUUAAGAUGGUGACUGUAGGAAUCUGUGGCACAGAUGACCACGUGGUUAGUGGUACCAUGGUGACCCCACUUCCUGUGAUUUUAGGCCAUGAGGCAGCCGGCAUCGUGGAGAGUGUUGGAGAAGGGGUGACUACAGUCAAACCAGGUGAUAAAGUCAUCCCACUCGCUAUUCCUCAGUGUGGAAAAUGCAGAAUUUGUAAAAACCCAGAAAGCAACUGCUGCUUGAAAAACGAUGUAAGCAAUCCUCGGGGGACCCUGCAGGAUGGCACCAGCAGGUUCACCUGCAGGGGGAAGCCCAUCCACCACUUCCUCGGUGUCAGCAGCUUCUCCCAGUACACGGUGGUGGAUGAGAAUGCAGUAGCCAAAAUUGACGCAGCCGCACCCAUGGAGAAAGUCUGUCUCAUUGGCUGUGGAUUUUCAACUGGUUAUGGGUCUGCAGUCAAAGUUGCCAAGGUGGUCACUCCAGGCUCUACCUGUGCUGUGUUUGGCCUGGGAGGGGUCGGCCUCUCUGCUGUUAUGGGCUGUAAAGCAGCUGGAGCAGCCAGAAUCAUUGCGGUGGACAUCAACAAGGACAAAUUUGCAAAGGCCAAAGAGUUGGGUGCCACUGAAUGCAUCAACCCUCAAGACUACAAGAAACCCAUCCAGGAGGUGCUAAAGGAAAUGACUGAUGGAGGUGUGGAUUUUUCGUUUGAAGUCAUCGGUCGGCUUGAUACCAUGGUAUGUACCAUGACAUGCCCUGAGAUUUCUGCCUCUGCAACCUGGAAGAUGCAUUUAGGCAGCAAAAUAUAA